UUAAAAAUAAAGGAUAUUACACGUCGGGCUGGGCGCCGGUGCGGAGCGGCUGCGGAGGGGAGGCUGCGGGACCGGCGAUGCGCGGGACAGUGCUGUGUGAGUCAGACGCCAGGAUGGCACUUGCAGAACCAGUCUCGGUGGCUUUUUGCAAUUCGGCUCUUCAAGGGAGCUGUGAGGUGGCACAGGAAGAUGUGCUGCUCGACUCUUCACCCAGAACUGCUGAGCCACACAACAGCGAGCCAGGGGAAGAUUCCAAGAUGGAAAGAUAUCAGGUGAACUCACUCGGUCCCAAAGCAGCCUCCUCCCCUCCUGGCUCCAGUGUGUGGACAACACGUCGUGAUGGAGAGGUCAGGCUGAGGAUGGAAGAGCAGGGCCCUGGCAGCGAGGCCCCAAAGACUGUGCACCAGCUCUUGCAGGAAAGUGUCAACAAAUACAGUGACUAUUACGCCCUUGCAUCCAAAAAAGAUGGCCAGUGGAUAAAGCUGACGUAUAAGAUGUACUAUGAUGAGUGCUGGAAAGCAGCCAAAAGCUUUCUGAAGCUGGGGCUGGAGCGUUUCCAUGGAGUGGGCAUCCUGGGAUUUAAUUCUGCUGAGUGGUUCAUUGCUGACAUUGGAGCUAUCCUUGCAGGGGGAUUUGCUGUUGGGAUCUACACUACAAACUCUCCUGAGGCCUGUCAUUAUGUAGCAGAGAACUGCAGUGCCAACAUUAUAGUGGUGGAAAACCAUAAACAGCUGCAGAAAAUCUUAGAAAUUGAACACAGACUACCUCAUCUGAAGGGCAUUGUGCAGUACAGGGAGGAGAUCAAAGAGAAGAGACCAAAUCUGUACUCGUGGAGGGAGUUCAUGGAGCUGGGCAGGGACGUGCCGGACUCGCGGCUCCACGAGAUCAUCGCGUCCCAGAAACCCAACCAGUGCUGCACCCUCAUCUACACCUCGGGCACCACGGGGCAGCCCAAGGGCGUCAUGCUCAGCCACGACAACCUGACGUGGACGGCGGCGGCGGCGGCGCGCUUCAUCAUGCUGAGUGAUGCCCACGACAGGCAGGAGGAGGUGGUCAGCUACCUGCCCCUCAGCCACAUUGCUGCACAAAUGUGUGAUAUUUGGGCAGCCAUGACUCUCGGAGUGCAAGUUUACUUUGCCCAACCAGAUGCACUGAAGGGCAGCUUGGUGGAGACCCUGAGAGAAGUGAGGCCAACUGCUUUUUUGGGAGUUCCUCGUGUCUGGGAAAAAAUGGAAGAGAAAAUGAAAUCUGUGGGCAUGAAGGCCUCAGCGCUCCGAAGGAGAGUGGCAUCGUGGGCCAAGGGAGUGGGGCUGCAGACCAACCUGAAGAGGAUGAAUGGGUGCUCCGAGGUGCCGGUGAAUUUCCGCCUGGCCCGGCAGUUGGUGUACAGGAAGGUGCGCAAGGCCAUCGGGCUGGACCGCUGCACCAAGUGCUACACGGGGGCUGCUCCCAUCACCAGAGACACCCUGGAAUUCUUUCUGAGCCUGAACAUUCCUGUGCUGGAGCUCUAUGGGAUGAGUGAGAGCUCUGGGCCUCACACCAUCUCCCUACCUCACGCCUUCAAGCUCGGCAGCUGUGGGAAGGAGCUGAUGGGCUGCCACACCCUGAUCCAUAAACCAGACAAGGAUGGCAUUGGGGAGAUCUGCUUCUCAGGAAGGCACGUCUUCAUGGGCUACCUGAACAUGGAGGACAAAACCAAAGAAGCCAUCGAUGAGGAUGGCUGGCUGCACUCAGGGGACCUGGGCAAGCACGACAAGGAUGGAUUCCUCUUCAUCACAGGCAGAAUUAAAGAGCUCAUCAUCACUGCAGGAGGUGAGAACAUUCCUCCUGUUCCAAUUGAGGAUGCUGUCAAGAAUGCUGUUCCCAUCAUCAGCAACGCCAUGUUGGUUGGAGACAAAGCCAAAUUCCUUUCUAUGCUUCUGACACUAAAGUGCGCUGUGGAUGCAGAAACGGGUGAGCCCAGAGAUGACCUCGCUCCAGAAGCUCUGGAAUUCUGUCAGAAGCUGGGCAGCAAGGCCACCAAGGUCUCAGAAAUCAUCAGCAGCAAAGACAAGGCCAUCUACACUGCCAUCCAGAAAGGGAUCUCUGCUGUCAAUGAGGGAGCUGUGUCCAAUGCCCAGAAAGUCCAGAAGUGGGUCCUGCUGGAGAAGGACUUCUCCCUCUUUGGUGGAGAGCUUGGCCCCACCAUGAAGCUCAAGAGGCCGGUGGUGGCUCAGAAGUACCAGGACCAAAUUGCUCAGUUUUACACGGACAUCGAAACCCCCUCGGGGGAGCCCUCAACCCGGACAUAGAGCCUGGACUGAAACUGCCCCCGAGGACACUCCCAGCUGCCCAGGAAGGAUUCCCUGGAUCCUGUUGAAAUAAAGAAGCUCAGCCUUCAGGCAGCCCCUCGGCGUCGCUUUGCUGUCCAUGUCCUGCAGUGUGGUGAGCGUGGUCCUGCCCAUGUUCUCCUGUGUCUGUGUCCCUUGCUGAGAUAUCCCAAAUAUCUCAACUUUGUAUUUUUUAUUUCCAUUUUUAUAAGGAUGAUACAAUGUUUACCUUAAAUCCAUGUGAUGUGUUAUGUUCUAACCAAAGUUUUCUUUUCCUGAGAUGAAUGUAAAACAGGAGCUGCAAAUCAGGAGCUGCCCUUUUUCUGCUGAGGGAGAAAGGCAGAUUUCAUUUUCCAGCAGUGUCCUCACUCCCUGCUGCACGUUUCCCUGCAUGCUGAUGGCAUCCAUAUAAUUUUAAAUCUCCUUCCCCACAAACUAUUCCUGUCUGAGAUGACAAAUGCUGCGUGACUACACACAGCAGUGGAGGUGGAACCUCACAUGAACUGGGCUUGUCUGUGCAAUAUUUUGAGUUUGUUUUACCUUUUUGAGUUAUAAUGAAGCCAUAAAUUGUAUUGUUGAAGUUGUAUCCGUGGCUGGUAUUCUGAGAAGUGAUUUACUCCAGGGAUUAUUUAUAAGGCUGUGUACAAUGUGUGAAAUCUGUCUGUGUCUUACAAUCCAGAAAUGUUGUAGUGUGUGAAAUGGGGAGCUCCAGAGUGGAGGGUGGGUGGGCUGAGGCUCUGUAGCUGUGCCUGGGGAGAGGAGAUGGUGCUGGGAGCCCAGGCUGGUUCUCCUGAGGGUCUGUGCUCAACCAGCCCGGAGCUCUGAGGGUCCUCCCUGGUGAAUUCACUGGCUGGAGGACACAGACUCGCCCACCUGCAGCCAGGAGCUCCCGGUGCUCUCUGCUGAAGGGCUCUGCAGGGCCUGUUCCAGCUGUCCAGUCCCAGCAGGAUUGCCUGUGAAUGGCUCAUUGCACACCAGAAAUCCUUACCUGAACAGGGCAGAGCAGCCCAGCUCUGAUUCCCAGCUCCAUUUCCCAUGGAAAGGAGGAGGUGGGGGCAGCUCAGUGCUGGUGUCACAGCGGGGUGGGCUCAGGGUGGGUUAAACCCAAAACUGUCUCUGCUUUGGGUCAGUGAAAUUCCAUUGCCCAGUGGAAGGGUGGGAAUGCACUGCUGGAACUGCAGCUGCCCCUGUGCCAGUGUGUGCUGAGCUGGCUGGAAUCGCUGUGUCCAAGUGUAAUAAACUCCUUGUUUGUGUC